AGCGCCGCCACUGCGCACUCUCCGCGGCCGCGCAUGCGCACCCUGCACGUCCCCUCCGCUCCGGCCCCCAUGGCGGUGGCUGAGGCGGCCGCGGCGCAGCAGCAGAUUGAUGAAAUUGAAGCUCUUUCAUCCAUUUAUGGUGAAGAUUGGUGUGUGGUUGAUGAAGAUGAAAAAAUCUACUGCAUCAAGAUUGGGGAUUGUCUGGAUCAGCCAAAAUGGAGCCUCUGUCUGCAGGUGAUUUUGCCACCAGGAUAUCCAGCUGCAGAGCCACCUAUUUAUCAGCUGAAUGCCCCUUGGCUUCGAGGACAAGAUUAUGUGCAACUAGCAAAUAGCUUGGAGGAAAUAUAUCUGCAGAACCUUGGUGAGAGCAUCCUCUACUUAUGGGUGGAGAAGAUACGAGAAGUCCUGAUAGAAAAGGCACAGUCAUCAGGCCCAGAACCAGAUAUUAAGAAAACCACUGAAGAAGCUGAUGAAGAUGAUGGAGAUGAUUUCCUCCUAGAAUAUCAGCCCAUUCAGGAAGACCCAACUCAAAUGUUAAAUUGCCUUGCACCUGAAAGUCAUGAAGGGGAUGAGGAGCUGCCACCCAUCCAUCAUGGAGACCCCAUCACAGAUCGGAGGAGCACUUUCCAGGCACAUCUGGCUCCUGUGGUGACACCCAGACAGGUAAAGAGAGUUCUUGAAAAACUGUAUGAGAACAAGAAAAUUGCAAGUGCUACCCACAACAUCUAUGCCUACAGAAUAUUCUGUGAAGAUAAGCAGACAUUCUUACAGGACUGUGAAGAUGAUGGGGAGACAGCAGCAGGUGGACGUCUUCUUCACCUUAUGCAGAUCUUGAACGUCCACAACGUGCUGGUUGUGGUGUCUCGCUGGUACGGGGGCAUCCUCCUGGGACCCGACCGCUUCAAACACAUAAACAACUGUGCCAGGAAUGUCCUUGUGGAACACAGCUAUGUGCCUCCAGUGGAAGAAUCAUCUAAGCAAGCAGGAAAGAACAAGAAGCUAAGGAAGGACAACAAGAAGAAAGCAGAGCACUGAUUGAUUGUGGUCCAAGCACAGAAGAUGACUUUGCACAUGUUUCCACAAAGGGAGCAGGGACAUUAUUGCCCUACCUGGCACAACAGAGAGACCUCAGUAAAGCCAUGGGUAUAUUUGCA